GAUUAAACAAGCUCAAUUAUCAAAAAUUCAUAAACCAUAUCUCUUACAUUUUAGUCAGUUAACUCUCAAAGUACGAUCAUUUUUGACGAAAUGUCUGAUCAGAAUAUUCUCGAGUUACGAAAAUUCGAAGCGUCUCAAGAUCGUAUAAGAGCUCGAAAGUCAUCUGAAAUCCGACAAAAUGGAUUGCUCAAGAAAGCAGAGCAAUUGCGAAGGGUGGCAAAGAUAGACGUAGCCUUGAUUUUGUUCGAUCCUAUUUCUCAACAAUAUUGUACCUAUAGAUCAAGGGAUGAUGAAUUCUGGCCACCUUCAAUGAUGGAAAUAAAUAAAUCGAGCAACUCAAUCAAGUAUUCUCCGGAAGAUUUUGAGGUGAAAGAAAGUAGUGCAACUCCAAUCAACGAAGAUGUAUACACUGGGAAAAGGAGACGAAAUAAAAUUCCUGACAUCUCCUUGAAGCGCAAAAAGGCAAAGACCAACAGUUCGGAUGCAGAAUACAGAUUUAAAUCGUCACCACAACAUCAUGAGAAGACCGAACUAUCGCAUGAAACGUCUCCUCUUGCUCCAGGAUUAUCAGUCGAGGAUUUCAAUGAAUUGAUGAAAGACACAGCCCCUACUUCAAUAAUGCCGGGGGGGGAGGAAUUUGAAUGUUCUAGUUUUGGAAAAAAGCUAGAUUCACCAAGUCAUACAAACAUUGAGCAACCGCAUGAUAUAUCUCCCCUUGUUCUUGGAUCACCUAGUGGAAACUUAGAUGACCCAUCUAAGCAUCUCCCUUCCGCGAUGAUGAUUCCAGAAGAUGAAUUGGAAUAUUCUAAACGAGCUUCACCUGAUCCUAUCCUGGAUGUUUCCCUCCUUCGAUCCUCUGUUGACGCAAACUCAUCUGUAUCACAUUCCACUAUAUAUGAGCAUGAGCUAGAAGAUUCAACAUCAUUAUCAACUAAGCCACCACGCAUGCCACGAUUGCCGGAGUUUUUAAGGGAUCGAUUCUUGAAUGCAACAACAUCAUUCACGCAAUCACCAACUUAUGAGUUUCCAAAAAGGUUUAGCCAGACGAGAUAUUUUGAGGAACGUUCCCCCUAGAAGGCCUAUACAAUGACAAUUGAAUGGUUGGAUCGAAUUUUCGAAUUGAUAUAGAGUUAGAUCUGAGAGGGAUAGAAGGCCGCUGCAAACAAUGACUCUGAUAAUUUCUCAAUCCCUUAUAAAAAUAUAAAGAAGUACCUGUACCA